AUGGGAUACCAGAUCGGAAACAUCUACUUCAUCACGGCCAUCGCCGUCAUUGGCGGUGGCCUGUUCGGUUUCGAUAUCUCGUCCAUGUCGGCCAUCAUCUCGACCCAGCAGUAUCUCUGCUACUUCAACCAGGGCGGCAUGAACUCCAACAACAAGUGUGCUGGCCCCAACUCUGAUGUCCAGGGUGGCAUCACCGCCGCCAUGCCUGGUGGUUCGUACGUCGGCGCCAUCGCUUCCGGUUUCCUCUCCGACAUGCUGGGUCGCAAGCCCGCCAUCAUGAUUGGAUGCUGCAUCUGGAUCAUUGGUUGCAUCAUCAUGGCCGCAUCGCAGAACAUUGGCAUGCUCGUUGCUAGCCGCUUCAUCAACGGUCUCUGCGUCGGCAUCUGCUCUGCUCAGGUGCCCGUCUACGUCUCGGAGCUGGCGCCUCCCACCAAGCGUGGUGCCGUCGUCGGCGCCCAGCAGUGGGCCAUCACCUGGGGCAUUCUGAUCAUGUUCUACAUUUCCUACGGCACCUCCUUCAUCAACGGCACCGCCGCCUUCCGCAUUCCCUGGGGUCUGCAGGCCAUCCCGGCCGUUCUGCUCCUGUUCGGAAUGUUGUUCCUGCCCGAGUCGCCGCGUUGGCUCGCGCGCAAGGACCGCUGGGAGGAGUGCGAGAACGUGCUGACUCUCGUGCACGGCCACGGCGACCGCAACAGCCGCUUCGUGCAGACUGAGUUCCAGGAGAUCAAGGCCAUCGUCGAGUUCGAGCGCCAGAACGCCGAUGUUAGCUACUUGGAGCUCAUCAAGCCCAACAUGAUCAACCGCACCCACAUUGCCAUCAUGACCCAGGUCUGGUCGCAGCUGACCGGAAUGAACGUCAUGAUGUACUACAUCUCGUACGUCUUCACCAUGGCCGGUCUCGAAGACACUCUGCUCGUCUCUUCGUCGAUUCAAUACGUCAUCAACGUCGUCAUGACCAUUCCUGCUCUGCUGUACGUUGACCGCUGGGGUCGUCGCCCGACGCUCCUGAUCGGCGCUUGCCUUAUGAUGACCUGGCUCUUCGCCAACGCCGGUAUUCUCGCCUCGUACGGCCAUUACGCCGGACCGGAUGGUGUCAACGGCAUCAAGGAGGCCUCUUGGGAGGUCCGCGGUCCCGCUUCCAAGGCUAUCAUCGCCUGCUCGUACCUCUUCGUCGCCUCGUACGCGCCGACGUGGGGUCCCGUCUCGUGGAUCUACCCUCCCGAGAUCCUGCCCCUCCGCGUCCGUGGCAAGGGUGUCGCGCUGGCGACGUCUGCCAACUGGAUCUUCAACUUCGCGCUGGCCUACUUCGUGCCUCCGGCGUUCGUCAACAUCAAGUGGAAGGUGUACAUCGUCUUCGCCGUCUUCUGCGUUGCCAUGUUUGUCCACGUCUUCUUCAUGUUCCCCGAGACUGCGGGCAAGACGCUCGAGCAGGUCGAGGACAUCUUCACCGACUACGACCGCGGCAUCAAGUACAUCGGCAUCCCCGCGUGGAAGACGCACCAGGAGCUUGGCGGCGCCAAGGCGCUGGAGCGCGGCGAUGUGGAGAAGGGCCCGCGGGGAGACGAGCACAGCCCCGAGCGGGUCGAGGAGGCGGCGAAGGUGUAA